AUGAGCACCGAGAUAGAACAGAAAUAUAUGCGGAUAAUCAACUUCGAGAUAUGAGAAUUCUGGGAAAACUUGUUGUGUUGCUCGUCGGUACUUUGCUGAGCGUUACUGCGGGGGAGGAGCAGAAAUGUGGCAGCCUGGACGAGCGUUUGCUCUUUAACACAGAGACCUCAACGGAGCCUGCCGAGUAUCCCUGGAUGGGCAUCUUAUAUCAACUUAUGGGUGCUUCAUUUGAGAACACCGGAUGCAGCGUGGUCAUUCUGGCCAAGUUUUAUGUGUUGACGACAGCAUCUUGUGUGCGACGCUUUAACAAUCGACCAGAGACGGCAGCUGUGAGACUGGGCAUCUGGAAUGAGACACACACAUCCGACGAGGAAUAUAUUUGCAAUGUAAAGGGAUUUUGUGUGCCGGGUCCGGUGCAACACAGUGUGUCAGAGAUCAUAGUGCAUCCACAGGCGGACAAGGAUACGGGCGACAAUGAUUUGGCUCUUUUACGGCUCACGGAGCAAAUUAAAUGGUCAACUUACAUGCAACCAUUGUGCUUGGAACCCAUUUCCCCACUUAAAUCCCUGAUUGGUCGCAAUUUUCAUUUCGGCGGUUUCGAGCACAGCAACUACAUCAAAGGCAAAGGCCUUGCGUUUACCUUAACGAGGGAAUACUGUACAUCGCUCAGUUCCGCAUCGAAGCCCCGUCCGGAGAAUCAAUUCUGCGGUUAUCCCGUGAAACGUACCAAGUUCUAUGAAGGCGCUGCCUUGAUGGGUCUCAACAUUGCGAAUGAAGUACCAAAGAGUUUUUAUCUCGUCGGUUUGCUCUCCGAAGUUGUUAUCGUGGGUCAGACAACGGUUCUUGGGUUCCAAGAUGUGGGUCCCUGGCGUAGCUGGUUGCUGGAGAAUACCCGCUCUUAGUAUAUAAUCUUAUGUAAUCACUUUCUAUUUAAAUAAACAAUCUUUUUCUUUUAA